ACACACAAUUCAGCGCGCGGGACAAAUCUUGUGCAGUCAGUCCACUAGGUGUCAGGAUUUACCUGCGUGAUCAUUUUGAAGCUGGUCAUGUGGCAACAGAAGUUGCCUUGCUUGUCCUAACGAAAUGAUGAUGGCAGAUGAUCUGGACGAACUGCUAGACGAAGUGGAGGCAAAGUUUUGUAGCGACAUCUCGUUACCAGGUCAACGCAAUCAAGUGGACCAAGCCUGCGAACAAGUACAAUACAGAAGCGAGAGGGCCUGCAAUACCAAGCAUGAUGCAACCAGAAGAGUUAAGAACGACGACAUCGACACGCUGCUUGAGGAGUUGCUUGACGAUGACGACGAUGUCAAAAACAGACAAGCCGAUUCUAAUGUUGGCAAAGCAAUCAGAAGUGGACCUAAGGAGCCAGUGACACAGCUUGUUAAAAGAAAAUGCUGUCCUGUAUUUGUGGGUGGAAGUACCAUACCACCAGGUGUAGGAACAAGCAACUCUCAAAGGGUAUGCAGCCAGCUAAGGUGUAUUUCCUGCGAUUUUCGAAUUGCUUCAUUUGAUGACCAUGAGUGGGACUCCACAUGUGAUUACCUCUUCUUUAGGAACAAUAUGCCAGACUGCGACCGACUGCGGGCCAAGUUGAAGAGGCGCAAGGGAGCGCGGGCGUACGCAUGCCAGUGCAGUUGGCAUUCGGCCCUGGCACUCACAGACCUCAGGGACCAGCCUCAGCUCAAGUGGGUCUGCGGCAAGCACGAUACGUGACAAAGCCCCUCAGGGAUGGCUGCGUCCUUUUCUCAAGCAAAAAGUUUUGCAUCGUUUCAACCCGGGUCUGUCUUUUUUUUCAUGCUUUGUUUUGUUUUGUUUUGUUUUGUUCCUCUAUGUGCACUUCAAUGUUUUCAUGUGUUGGCAACAUCAGACGUGUUUUCUUUUUUUUCUUUUUUUUGCCUUUUACUUAUAUAGCAAAGAAUAGUGAUUGGGACACAGUCUGCUCUUUACAGUUGCAGCGUGUUUUGUUCUUUUCUCAUAGUUUCCAUCUAUAUUCAGAGUAAAUUAAAGCCUUUAUCAAAAAGUGCUGCUGAGUCGCUGCUCUUUAUGCUAAUAGAGUAGAUAUUAACUCUGGCUUUGAAGGCCGCGGAUUACAAGGAACAGCAAGAACCGCCUUGCCCCCUUCAAGAAAACAAGUGCGUUGAAAGGGAUUGCUAAUUGUAUUGUCUGGUGUAAUAACAAGAAUUCUGUACAGUAUAAUCCAUUGUUACACUUCAAAAGGGAAGAGUUUCACUACACAGAGCUAUCCUAAAACAUUCACAGUAUUUUUAAUAUAUGGUGAUUUCACUGUCUAAAGGAGAUAAAGGGUACCAUCUUGUGUUGUUGUAUGCCUCUCGAUCUGUUAAUUCCUCACAGUGAUGAAGCAGCAUAGCUGUGACUGCUAAAUUGAGAUAUCCUCAGCCAAGUGGAUUUAUUGGACCAAAAUACGUUUCUGAGACACGUCUAAUGUGUUUGAUUGUGUAAUAUGUUUUAAUCACUGACUACUGUGACUGUGUGUGUGUUUGGUGAAGUUAAGUGUUACAUUUACUCGUUUUCAAACGUGGAGUUUAGUAUUAAUUUGUAGAACUGUUUAAAAAAAGUCCAAAGAUACUGAGCACAUUGACCAGGUUUGUUUAUUUAUAUAAUUUCUCUUUCAUUCCCUUUGUUUUGUGUGUGUCUGUGUGCAUGCAGGCGUGUGAGCGUGUGUGUCUGUGAGAAGUGAACAGAAAAAUAGACGUGUCCAUGUGAUUGUGGGACUGAAUAAAUAUCACUACCUGAGGAA